AACGUCACGACCGAGCGAAGCACUUAUCGAUCAUUUGCCAUGGCGCCUAAAGUCCUAGCGCUUCUUGCGACGGUGCUGCUGUGCUGCAUCGCCUCCGUCGCAGGCCAAGACGCCGCCCCCGUCGCCAUCCAGGCGCAUGCUAGCCAUAUCCUCGUAGACACGGAGGCUGAGGCCGACGACCUGAGUGUGCAGCUGGGAGAAGCCUCCAACCUCUUCCUUAAGUUCGCACAGCUCGCCAAGGAGCACAGCAAAUGUCCAUCCAGCCGCAAGGGCGGUGACUUGGGUACGUUCGACCGCGGCCAGAUGGUGCCUGAAUUCGACAAGGUUGCGUUUGAGGGCGAGAUCGGCGUCGUGCACAAGGUCAAGACCCAGUUCGGCUGGCAUCUCGUGCUGAUCUCCCGUCGUCUGGAUGGCACGGAGGAGCCAGACAAGUACCGCGAUCUCAAGCAGGCGCUGCUAAAGAUUAUGCCUUUCCUUGGCCCCAUUAUCCUCAUCUUUAUCAUGGCGUAUGGUGCCCGUGGGAGCAAGGGCGGUCCUCGUGCCCGCGCGUUCCAUAUCCUGGUGAAAUCUGAGGACGAGGCUGAUAAAUUGUUUAAGGAGAUCGACGCUGCCGAGGACAAGAAGACGAAAUUGUCGGAACUGGCUGGAAAGCACAGCACUUGUCCGUCGGGCAAGAAGGGAGGAGACCUGGGCAUGUUCGGACGUGGCGAGAUGGUACCGCAGUUUGACAAGGUGGUGUUUGAAGGAGAAGUGGGCGAGCUCGCCAAGGUGCAGACCCAGUUCGGGUGGCAUGUGCUACUCUGCACUGAGCGUCUCGGAGACAAGAAGUCGAAGUAGAUAGUGGGUGACAUUCAUGAGAUACGAGUAAAUGAAGAGCUUCUCUUUGUCGAACUGGAAUGGUGGCAAAAAUGGUAUUGUUGCCAUCCCAGUUUACUGAAUUGAUUUUUUUUCAGAAUCAUUUUUAAAUGUACUGUAUUAUAAUAAUACAGUUACAUACUACUA